CGCGGCCCGGCAGGCGGGGAGGCAGCGGCGGGCCCCUGGGCCGGGCGGGCUGUGGGACCCCCUCCCGCUGGCCCGCACGCCGGGGAACACGAGGGGCAUGCGGCGGCAGUCGGGCGCCCACCGUGUGUGUGUGUGUGUGGCGGGGGAGUCGCUCCCUCCCGUCGCUCCCGGCCGGCUCCCCAGAGUCCCGGCGAGCCCUCUCGGUGCGGAGGGCCGGGCCUGCCCCGGGGAGGCGGUGGCGGCCCGCGGCGAGCGGGGCAGGUCGCGGUCGGCGGCGCCCGGCCCUCCCCCUGCGAGGGGCUCGCUGCCCCUCUGCCCCCACCCCCCACCCCGCUUCUGUCAAGGAGCGGUUGGGGGGAUUUAUAGGAGUAACAACGGCUCGUGAUGUCAGCCCGUGCCUAAAAUAGAGAGGGAUUGACUGCAAAUCCACGGCUCGAGGGCUAAAACCUUCCAAUCCAGCCUCAGCCAGCACCGCGCCGAUGUGAAGUCACCCCCACCUCCCGCACACGCACACACACACACACGCACACGCACCCCACGGCGAGGGGAGGGCGCCGGCCAUCGCAGCCCGGGUGCCAGCGCCUCCGCGCCCCGCCGGCCACUGCUGGACGGCCGGGGGCAGCAGCGCCCGUCCCCGGGCACGGGGAGCCCUCGCUGGGCGGCGGCGGGAGGGAGAGCGGCGGAGGCGAGCCGCCGGAUCCGCGCCCUGCGGAGCGCCGGGAUUACACGGAACUGCGCGCUCCUUCCGAGACGCGGGCGAGGGUUAUCCCAAAGAGCCAGCCUCCUUCGCGCACUACUGUCCAAAAUAAUCCCUUGGACUCUUGAGAAGACAGGGGGGCUUUCGGGACCAUGGCAUCGACCGAAGGUGCCAACAAUAUGCCUAAGCAAGUAGAAGUACGGAUGCAUGAAAGUCAUUUAAGUCCAGUGGAGCACAGAUCCAGGAACAUAUGUGUGCAGUUCUGCCAGUCGCUCCACAGGAAUCUGCUCCUGACUCUUACUGUAUUCGGUGUCAUCCUGGGUGCACUGUGUGGGGGUCUUCUUCGUCUAGCAACACCUAUUGACCCUGAUAUCAUCAUGUUAAUAGCCUUCCCAGGAGAUAUACUUAUGAGGAUGCUAAAAAUGCUGAUCCUCCCUUUAAUUAUCUCCAGUUUAAUCACAGGACUGUCUGGUUUAGAUGCUAAAGCAAGUGGCCGAUUGGGUACAAGAGCCAUGGUCUACUAUAUGUCCACCACUAUUAUUGCUGCUGUGCUGGGCGUGAUUCUGGUUUUAGCCAUCCAUCCAGGGAAUCCAAAACUCAAGAAACAGCUUGGUCAAGGGAAGAAGAAUGAUGAAGUAUCUAGUCUGGAUGCUUUCUUGGAUCUGAUCCGAAACCUCUUCCCUGAAAAUCUAGUCCAAGCAUGCUUUCAGCAGAUCCAAACUGUCACCAAGAAAGUGCUGGUGCCACCACCCAUUGAAGAACUGCCUAAUGUCACUGAUUCUGCUUUUGCUCUGAUGAAUGAGACGGUGCGCGAAGCACCACCAGAAGCCCAGCUGGUCAUUAAGAAGGGACUUGAAUUUAAGGAUGGCAUGAAUGUCCUGGGUCUGAUAGGAUUCUUUAUUGCUUUUGGCAUUGCUAUGGGGAAAAUGGGAGAACAGGCCAAGAUGAUGGUGGAUUUCUUCAACAUCCUGAAUGAGAUUGUAAUGAAGUUAGUAACUAUGAUCAUGUGGUAUUCCCCUUUAGGCAUUGCUUGCCUCAUCUGUGGAAAAAUCAUUGCAAUUAAGGACUUAGAAGUAGUUGCUAGACAACUUGGCAUGUACAUGGUCACUGUGAUUGUGGGUCUUCUCAUCCACGGAGGGAUCUUCCUGCCUCUGCUCUACUUUGUGAUAACAAGGAAAAGCCCAUUUUCGUUCCUUGCUGGGAUUUUCCAGGCAUGGAUCACCGCACUAGGCACAGCUUCCAGUGCUGGAACAUUACCUGUCACAUUCCGGUGUCUUGAAGAAAAUCUAGGCAUUGAUAAGCGUGUAACAAGGUUUGUUCUUCCCGUUGGAGCAACGAUUAACAUGGAUGGAACUGCCCUUUAUGAAGCUGUGGCUGCCAUCUUCAUAGCACAGAUGAAUGGAAUUGAGCUGGAUGGAGGACAGAUAGUUACUGUGAGUUUGACCGCCACCCUUGCAAGUGUUGGAGCUGCCAGUAUUCCCAGCGCGGGACUUGUCACUAUGCUUCUGAUCCUUACUGCAGUGGGUCUCCCUACCCAGGACAUCAGUUUGCUUGUCGCUGUUGACUGGCUUUUGGACCGGAUGAGGACGUCUGUCAAUGUAGUGGGGGAUUCUUUCGGUGCUGGCAUUGUCUACCACCUUUCCAAGGCAGAACUUGACACCAUUGAUUCCCAUCAUAAAGGGCACGAAGACAUUGAAAUGACCAAGACUCAGUCAAUCUAUGACGACAUGAAAAAUCAUAGGGAAAACAACUCAAACCAAUGCGUUUUUGCAGCUCACAACUCAGUCAUAGUAGAUGAGUGCAAGGUAACACUGGCAACCAAUGGCAAAUCUGCAGACUUCAGUGUUGUUGAAGAAGAGCCUUGGAAACGUGAAAACUAAGGGAAGAGGUUCCUAGCUCCAUCUUUAGUAAGCCCUGAAGCUAUCUUCUGGCAAAAGAUAUCACGAUUAAAGAAGAUUUCUCUUUUUUCUAUUUAACAGCUACAGUUUCUGCUUACUUAAUUUCUUAACUGAAACUUAGCAAAGAUCUCAUCGAGUCAUGGUAGUGUCUUUGCCAAGCAAUGAUACAUAACCAUCUGUCUCCCUUGUGUUACUGUUUGGAUGAUGCAGCUGGAGAAUACUCCAUGCAGUGCAAUGUGCUCUCACCCACCUCCCCUUUCAUUCAAGACACAGAGAAUGUAAAUGCUGCAAAAUGGGAAGAUCAAAGUGCCAGUACGGUUCACUACAGAGACUCAGGGUCACAAAUACGAGAGAAACAUAGCACCACAUAAACCUUCAAGUGUUUUGGUGACUCUUGUGGCAUACCUGAUCUAUUUAGCACUGUAUGGCUGAAAUAUCUUUUGAAAAUAUCCAUAAAGAUUUCUAUUUGUUUUAAUAAUAACAAGCACUGUAUUUUUGUGCCUAGUUGUACUUUAAACUGAACUUAGAUCCAGGGACAAGAUUAAUGUGUAGAAGUUAGUAGAUUAUCCCAAACAUUUGGUUAGAUCCGUACAACUAAUACUUAACAUCAAGACAAGACCUUGGAUUUGUAUGCGCAUGUGAUGUGUUUUUAUCGGCUGUCCCAGGGCAGGUGCAGCCUUAUGCUGGGGCUGUGCUGCUUUGUGACCACAACGCGUCAUGUAGUACAAGGCAGUAUUACAAGGGUUGGUAGUUCCUUCACUAAAUUUAUGCCUGAUGUACAAAAUACAGAAUACCAUGGGCUCAGUUAUGUCAUUCUUAAAGUAGGUAGCACCUUACUAUUCACCCUGCUCCACUGAUGUCAGAGGGAUUCCUCGUGUGGACUGGACUACUCAAGUAAGGUACUGCUGAGACUGAUCAUGGAUGCCAUGACUGGGUAUUUGAUAAUGAGCUAUAAACAAAUUCUGAAUCCAUUGCUCUAAGAAAUUAAGUUUUUGAAUGCAAUCAUCAGUAGCAUUUGGUGUGCAGUGAAAGCCAUCUUUCAAGUAUAUGUCAUAUUUCAGAGAAUGGCUAAAUCCUGAAUUCAUUGCUAAGCUGAAUUCCACAUAAGGUUAAUAGAAUUUGGCCAGGGUUAGGACAGAAUGAAGAAUAAAGCAGGAUUUCAGGAUUUAGACCCGUACAUUGAAUAUACAUCUCUCUCUCUGUCUUUUGCAGAGUAACAAACACGUAUAACUCUCUAAUGUCAGAUACAUUUAUCUUAGAGCACAUGGCAUCUGAAUUAACAAGAUGGUGUUUUGUCAACAUAGCUGACUCAUCCUGUCAGAAGAAAUUAGAGUGAUAAUUAUUACCCUGUGAAGUGCUUUAAAAGGUCCUUGUUAAUACUCAGCAGUUUUAAGGCACUGUUGAAUGCUAUUUGUACUGUUAGCAAUGUUCUAUAGCAAAGCUGAGCCAUGCGACCUUGGGAGUCUCUGUGCACAGAAUACGCUUUGUGCAGUUUUGGGGGGAGCUCUGAGAGGUUCUCAGAACGAAUCAGAGUAUGAGCGUAUGGUACACUUAAAAGUGUCAGAAAACAGGGUUGAAACAUUUACGGAAAUUGGCCAUUCAGUGCCUGUGCUCAGACCUGUCAUGGAUUUAAACAGAAAUAACGUGUUUAAAUGUAGAGUGGUAUUUGGCUUUGUAGAAGCUAUUGAAAUAUAAAUAUAAUCUGCUUUUGCUCAUCUGCAUUCAUAUAAAUAUCUCCAAAAAUGCACACGGACCUGAGCCAGCCAAGGCUACUGGCAUGGAUCAUCAUGUGCAAGAUCAGCUCCGUUGGGGGAGUGCCCCUCAUGGAAGCAUUUGCUGUUGUGGAAUGUUUUUCUUGCCAUUGUAUUUUGUCCUCAUUUGCAUGCCGUGGCUACAGUCCCAAGCAAGGUGGCCGAUAUAAUUUAACAAAUACUGAACCACUGUGAAGUCUGUAGGCCUCUAACACGCAUUAGAGGUGGAGACCUUUUCCAAAGGCCUCCUGAAGCAUUUUAAGGAUUGUUUUUUGUGUGAGUGAUGGAAUUGUAGGAUAUUUGAGGAAGUGGUAGGCAGGUUGUCUUCUCUUUUCCUCAGUCAUUGGUAUCAGGAUAUUCAGAGUUAACCUAUAGCUGACUGCUGCUUCUCCCAAUUUACAUUCAAAGACAUUUUUACUGCUGGGUUAUGUGCUAGAAAUGUGCCUGGGAUGGUGUGCAGGUACUCUAAAGUGUUGCCUGCUCUGAGGGUGCUGGCUCACAUAACGUGAAAUUUGCUGUGACUUGGGUGGUAAUUAUAUCCAAGAAUAACAUGCAGUGUUUACCCCGGUUUAUAUCCAGCAUUCUCAAGCUGUUUCGUGGCACAGCUCACCCAUUAAUAGAUGACUUCUUUUCCUCUUCACUGUAGUAGUUUCCUAGGAGCAGCCACACUGAUUGCUUGCCUUGAAAGUACCUUUAAAAAAUGGGUCCCAUGCACUUUUAGCUGUCAUCGGAGACUGUUUAGCCGUUGGAAAAAACUAGGGAUGCCAGCAACAUGUGACUAGGCAGCUCCACAAAAUUAUCUAUUGAGAAACAGUUAGAAUAUGCUUAGACUUACCCACUUGGGACGUAUUGUCCUUUGAAGAGCGCUUCUUUGGAUAGAGAUUAGGGGAGGAAGAAAUGAGAUGCUGGAGAAACCCCACCCACACAAGGAAGAAUAAAUUUGGGUCUUUUGAUAGGACUAGAAUAGCAGACUGUGAUUUUAACAUAGUAAUUCUGUAGAUACAGUAACUCAGGGAUGUUUCAAAAGAUAAUUACGAUGGUACUUCUCUAUUUAAAUGUGGAUGUGGGAGAAGGAGAAAUGUUGUUUUUGGUAUACUCCUCUGUUUUUAGCCUGACUGAAUAUUUAAUAUAGUGUGACUCCAGCGCAGCACUGUAUUUAACCAUCAAAAAGCUUUCCAUUUCUCUGGGAAAAUGUAACUCACUCUUGGCUUGCAUUUCUCGAUUUGCUCAUUCCACAUGAGGCUGGGUUGCUACUUAACUAAAUAAACAGAAAAUAACCCAGAGACCAGCCACUUCAGCUAAUACAGGGUUCGCAUUUCAGCAGGCAUUGCUGGCUACUGGCCAGUCUCCUUUUAGUUUCACCAGGAGUGUUGCAUUAAUUUGCAUCUGGCCGAUCUUUUGUUUGCAGUGCUAGGGUGGCAAAAUUAAAGGAAAAGCAGAGCGAUUUUUUUUUUCUGUGUAGUUCCUAAACAAAUUAACAUUUCUUUCUAUAUCCAUCUCAUUUGUUGCUCUGUCAGUUCCACACACCCACGCCCACCCUUGUCUGUGCAACUGUGAUAUCCUUUGCUGUCUGGUUUGCUGACACUGGCACAUGGGCACAUGGAAAAGUAUAGACCAGGCGAAGACUCAGUUAAUUGCAUACUUAAUUAAAUACAUGCUUAUGCAUUUGCUUUUUUGGCUUUUUUGCUUUUUGCUGCUGCUUUUUUUUUUUUUUUUUUUUUCAUUUACUGCUUAAGCUAGGUCGCCAUGCUCUUAGUAUCUGUUCAUUGAAACUAAAGCAUCCUGUACAUUAGAGCUACAGAAGAGGUAGAGCACUUCGCUGCUGAAUUUGUUUCUUCAUUGCUUCCUUUAGAAGAUAAAGGCUGCACCAGCACUGUAAGAAAUGCGCGCGGGUCUUCACAUGAAGGUGCUUGAAACAGGUAGGGGAUAAGCCAUUUGAACCAUAUUGUGGGAUGUGCGCCUUCCAUUUGAAUGAGUGAGAAACUCAGUAUGUCUUCAAAAAACUGUUUGCUAUAGUAAAACCUGUGCCUGCAGUGCUCUGACUACGUGAAAGCCCCACUGAAAUCUAUGGGAAUCAUGGUCUUCCAGGAAAGGUCAGAUCCCUUCCCGUCUCCAUUAAGUUAUAAGAUAUUUCACAAUCCCAUCCUAGGGGAUAGUCUUUGUCUGCGAUUUAUGAUGACGUUGAUUCUCACAUCCAGAAGACUUCUGCCAAAAUGCUUCUUUUUUGCCUACUUUUUUCUAUGCUAAAAGUCCAGCAAUGAAUUUAAAACUCAGCACAAAAAUAUGGAUGACUAUCAUUAAGGUUUUUUUUCCAUUUCUUUUCUAAGAUACAGCUGCUCUCAAUUUCUUUCUCAAAGCACAUGGAAUUCCAAACUUUAUGCCACUUUAAAGCGUACAAGUAAUACAGAUUUCUGAUUCAUUUUCCAUCACUCCCAGGGUCAUUAGUUUUCCAGCAGUAGACACUCAGAAGAGCAGACUAUUCAUCUGAGAAGCUGCAGCAACAGUGUUUGAACAUAUUUAUUCUGGCAACUGCCUGGAUUUUCUUUGCCUCCUCAUCUUCACUUGUGUUGUUGCAGCCUUGUUGUAGCAACGCAGCAGCAAUCGCACAAAUCCCCAAAACCACAGGCAAUAUUAAACCUCACCUCUGACGUUCACUUCUGUAAUUAUCUUUUAAAAGGAUCUGAGCUUUAGGACCAGGCUCAGGAGAAUCCUUUUGAUAUAACUGUUUCUCAUUUCAUUAAGUUACAUUUGUCUAUUUUUAUUGCUGCAUUUGAACUAAUUUGCAGAAGGACAAAUAAGGGCACUUUAUAAAAAUGUACUGUAAUAUUACUCUGUUUUGAGCCAGAUUACUAUCCUUGAUUUUAUUACUGUGACUUCUAAGGCCACAAUUAAGAUAUUUUUCAUGUUAGUUGUUAGGAUAGGCAUAUAGUCCAUUGGCACAAUUCACCUCAGCUAUAAUUCACCGUAUAAGACUAUGUAGAAGCUGCUGUUCCCAGCAGAAAGCCCUCUCGGGAAGAUGAGUUAUAUUCUUCUCUCCAAUCAUAUUGAUGGCUUUGAAGGAAAAAUAUUUACCCAAUUUCCUUUGUCUGAAUAAUGAUAUAGAGAGUGUAGCUUAAAGUACUGGGGAAAAAAAAGAGCAUUGCAAUACCGAAGUGUCAAAGCAGCAGUCCAGCUGUAAACAAAUUGUUCAGCUUCACCAUGUUAUGUUACGUUCUUGCUUACAGUUUACCUGAGACAGUGUAUUUAGUACAUAUUCCUUUCAAAGUCAUUGUUAUUUCUUCCCACGUAGGCGCCAAGGCUGUGUCUCUGCGGUCCGCAGACAAAGCACAGGUCCUGCAGUUCGGCACACCCAAGGCAGGACUCCCGGCAAUGACCCCAGCAGUGCCUGGGCACAGGCUGGGCAGUGGGUGCCUCCCUCAUUUUUUCCUCCUUAUAGUUUGACGUUAAAUUGAAUUCUGCUGCUAUUAAUGGGUCAAACCGCUGCUGAUGCCCAGGUGCUGGUAAUUCUUUUACUUUGUGUAUGAGUGGGCUCCUUGGCACGAGGCUCUAGGAAACCGUUCCUUGCACAUGCUCCCCUGCUCGGGGGAAACCUGGUGACUUCCCACUACCGGUUGAUACAAAUCCUAACGGAUAGGGUGGUUGUGCAGUUGCAACAAUGAGUCUUAUGGAAAACCCAGGCUCCAAACAUUGAAAAAAUCUAAAGCAUACGACGGAGACACUGAGUAGGUCUCUACUAGCCCAGGAUGGGAAUCACCAACAGGCUAAUGCAGGAUUUGGGGAGGCAAGAAAACUUGUGAGACUUCUCACCCAACCUUUGAGCCCCUUCCUCUUCUAGCUGCAUUCUGCUGCAGAGCCCAUGCUGAUCAAUGCCAGAAUGUCCAGUCCUUCUAGUCUGAUUUUUCAAAAUUCUGGAGGCCUGCAAUUGUUUUUAAUGAUGCUCUGUGGCGCACACCAUUACAUGAAGGGAAACUGUCACAGGCAGCAUCACACAACCUGGAUAGUCUCGUACCUGUAUAUUGCUUUGUACAUAAAUAAUAUAGUUUGCAGGGAUUUUUGUAUUAUUCUUUUCUAUUUUUUUCUGCAGUUUUUCAAAGACUGUAUGCAAACCGUGUUUACAAAUUGAUUUUGCAGUCAGUAUUGUAGAUUAUAGCAUUACCAUUUUUGUGUUUUUAUGGGCUCGUGAGUUCUUGUGUACUACAGGUUGUCCUUCCUUCUUAAAGACAAUUGCAUACACUUCCACCCAGCCCAUCCUGCUCCUUUCUUAAAUAUAUCCCAUUCCCAAUGAUCUGGUGUGAACCCUAACUUGUAGAAUGCAUGAGAAAAAGCUGCAUAUGUAUUUAUAUUGUUAAAUAUUAUAUGCUCAAUACUGAUUUACUUAUUAAUACAUGUUUUAGGGGUUUGUACUUGUUCUCUGGAAACUACAGUGUAGACAGAACUAAAUUACCUAGUAUCUGUAAUUUACAGACACACUAAUAUUUUCUUAUAAUACUUUCUAUAUGACCGUAUAAGGUAUGGGGAUAGUCCUUUAAAGGUGAUCUGUACCUUAGAAAAAAAACAGUUUUCUUAUAACAUUUGGGAUCAAUGAAGUAUUUUUGUGUUAUGUUCAGUGAUGAAUUAUAAACAAAGCACAAAAUGCAAGAAGUUAAAUAGGUAUUUCAAGAUGUCCUUAAAUGCUGCAGUUCAUUAUGGAACAAUGUUGUAAUAAUCUGAACAAUCUUCUAGGUUGACUGUCUUGGGCAAUCGUCCCUCACUUUUGUCAUUUCCUCUGGUGUUACCUUUGCCAAAUCCUGCAGUUCUUUCUUAGGAUCUGAUCAUGUGUAACUGACUGACUCAGAAUACAGUUUAUAGAAAACUGGAGAUCUGGGUGGGCAGGAAGUACAUUAUCAGGUACCCAGUCCAUCUUGCUAUAAUCCAGUGUAUAUGAGUUCAGCCUGUGGAAAGAGUUCAUGAUUUGGCCGUCUGCCUUUGCCUUUUUGAAAAGGGACCAACAGCAUCACCACGGGACCAAUGUAAUUGGGUAGCAUCCGUACAAAUACCUCCUGCUUUCUUAUGUAUUUUAAAGAGAACAACCACUCUAUUUUUUGACCAGGACAAGUGACAGUUGCUUCUCUAUCAUGGUCAUCUGUUCCCAUUGGGCAAAUACCUGUUGGCAUGAAGUCUGUGGCUAUAAUAAUUUCUAUUUGAUUAACAAGCAACAGUUUUUAGAGGAAUAAAAAUAAGUUAAUAUAAAUAUUCGUAACAAUUACAUCACGAAAAAUCUUUUAUGGCCUACUAGCUCUUUGACUGUGAUCCAAAACAAAGGAAACAUUGAAUAGCAAGUACUGUUGUCCCAGUGUGACUGAUACUUCAACUAUUCAGAAAACUAUGGGGCCAUGUUAUUCUGCUGAGGUUUUGGAGACAAAAUUUCUAGUAGAUACACAUAUAGGAAGUGUGUUGGUAUACCCUUGUAUUUUAAUCUCUUUCUUGUAUUUUAAAUCAGAUGUACCAGGUAUUAUCUUACUAGGAACCACAGGUAGAGUUGUGCUGAGUUACUAAUAGCUGUAAAACCUUAUUGAUACCAGUUUUGACAUUUUGUUAAAGCAUGAUGUCCAGUGCCUCUCUGCACUUAGAGUAGAUAACGUAGCUAUCAAUGUGUAAUUUCAGUGAAAUGGUGUAUACAGUAUAUGUAGCAGUGCUUUAAUUUAAUUUAAUUGGUGUCUGUGUAUUGAGCCAUAGUAGAAAAUUGGACUGUCUUUUAAAAUUUUGUUCUACUUUCUGUUUUUCAUUUGUAUCUGAGUUUGCUUCCUUUUAGCCCUUUAGCUGAUGAGGUUGUAGUAGUAACUGCUUUAUCUGUCUGUUAGGGAGUAUCCUGUUCUGAUAACAUUCAGAAUCAUGUAUGCAGCCAACUUACUGUAAAUGUUACUUUGAGUUUUCAGCUGUCUAACCAGUGUGGUAUGUGUUAGUACCUGCAUGUGCAUAGUUCCCCGGCAGUGAGUGAAAGCAAUCCCAGCAUCGAUUUGCUGCCUUGUAAAUGCAGUUGUUAAGCAUUAAGAAUUAAUGUUCACCUAGAAUUACUGGUUUCUGUUUUGUUUUCUUCUUGUUUGCUUGAAAUGUUGGGACUCCUAUCACCAGAAGUUUAAUAAGUCACUAUUUAAAUUGGCACAAUGAAUAAGGGAAAAUCCAUCUAACUGUGUUCCUGCUGGAUGCCCUGGCUGCUUUUGACUCUUCAUGCACUGUGAAUCACUCGGCCCUUAGUCACGUCACAGCAUCGAAGGAUACCUCUGAGUCACUUCCAGUUCCUCCUUGACCACAGACGCCAGCGAAGCAAGUGCAGUCACAGGGCUGUGAGUGGGCAAGGCUGCAGGCAGCAGCGGGCUGCUAAGCUAAAUGCUUCUCAAGCUACCGUGGUUGUUGUACAGGCCUGUUAUUUACAAAAAGUAUGUCUGAUCAUAAAACGGACGUACAAACUAUAUAGUCAGUGGCAAAAAUCUCCUGAAAUCAGGGCUACAGUGCAGAUCUGUAAGAAAAUAAGACCUUUCUGGGGCAAAACCUGAAGGUGGUUCUGAAAGAGCUUGGGACAGCGAGAAGAAGCUGGUUUGUUUCUAGAUACCCUGGGCCUGGAUCUCAUCAAUAUAAUCAUCCCCUGUGAGUAGAAGGAGAUCAAAAUCGGGCCCCAAAGCACAGAAUGUGUCCUGCUUGGUGAGCCCCAUUACGAUGCUACAGUAGGAACCGCACACUGCAGUGCUGUGUGCUGCCUAGUCAUCACCUCUGGCUCCCUCUUCAAAGCGACCAGGCACAAGCUGGAAUGUUUUCAGAUGUUUCAUGUUAAAAGGAUAAAAAGGAAGAGGGAUAAGGUUGGUGUUUCCCUUACACACAAGAAGUUCCCCAGAUUUUGAAAUGACAUACUGUACAGUAUCUAUAGCACAGUUUGUUUAAAAACUAAUGAAUGCAGAUGAUAACAAUUCUCCCAACUCUGGGCUCUGAUCUUGUAUAUUGUAGUUGGAAUGCCUCAUAGACUUGAGUCUAUUUUUGUAGUUCAGAUCCUCUCUUCCUCACAAUAAUCAGUAGUCAUUUGCUUUUAAUGCUUUCUUACGGUGUGAACUGAUUUCUGUAACUUUCGCGUAUAAAAUAAACUAGACAUUGCUUCUGUACUGGAAAUAGUUAAGAAUAUAGUAUUUCACUAAGUGUUGUACCUCUUAUGUACAUAUCAUCAAUAAAUGUUGAUUCAUAAUUUUCA